AUGAUUCAGAAGAGAAAGAAUUUCGUAGUAAGACCACUGGUAAGAGAUGACAAGUUGCCUCCCAAAUGUAACACGAAAACUUUGUUUAUUCGCAAGAUCGGGGACGAGAAAUCACUUCCCAAAGAUGCUACUAUUGGAGAUGACAUAGAAAAGACACAAAUUGCUAAGGUUUCUCCAAAGCAUGUCUGCAAAUAUUGGAUGAAUGGCGAUUGUGUUCGUGGUGAACAUUGCCGGAAUUUACAUUCCUGGUUUUAUGGUGAUGGCUUUGCCACAUUAGUAAAGCUUCAAGGACACAAGAAGCUUGUCACUGGAAUUGCACUUCCACAUGGAUCAAACAAACUUUAUUCUAGCAGCACCGAUGGGACACUUCGGACAUGGGACUGUGUUACUGGUCAAUGUACUAAUUUGACGAAUCUUGGUGCUGAAGCUACCUCUUUGAUCAGUGAGGGCCCGUGGAUUUUUGUUGGUCUGCCUAACAUUGUCAAGGCAUGGAAUAUGCAAACUGCUUCACAUUUAACUCUUGAUGGACCUAAGGGACGAGUCCUUGCCAUGGUUGUUGGCAAUGAUACACUCUUAGCUGGAGCAGAGAUUAUUUAAAUCGCAUGAUGGUGUAAUUUUUGCAUGGAGAGGCAGUUCUAAAUCCAAUUCCCCUUUUGAACUGGUUGCAUCACUACGCGGACACACUAAAUCUGUUGUUUGCCUGGCUGUUGGAUGUAACAAGAUGUUGUACUCAGGAUCCAAGGAUCAAAGCAUCAAGGUAUAUUUUGAUUGUUUGGCA